AUGUCCAGCGAUAGUGGCGAAACCGGCCCUAUAGACAAUGUCGUUACCCUUCCCGAGGCCAUGGUCAUGGCCGGCUUCUUCGCAGUGUCGAUAUGGAACUGCGUUCAGACCUUCAUCUUCAUCUUUGUGACUUUCAGGAACUACAGUGGCUUGUACUUCUGGAGCAUGACGGUAGCCAACGCUGCGAUUCCAUUCCGGCAGAUAUUUGCUCUGGUUCGCCUGUUCGGCAUGGCACCAACCUUGGCCAUAACACCCCUCGUCAGCAUCGGCUUCUGGGCCAUGGUGACAGGCCAGAGCAUGGUGCUCUACUCGAGGCUUUGCCUCGUGGUUGGCGAGCCGGUGAAAUUGCGCUGGGUCCUUGGCCUCAUCACCUUCACUUUCCUCUUCCUCGAGGUGCCAGUCAGCUCGCUGCUCAUUGCCAGUAACGUUCCAGGGCAAGAGCACCUCGCCAAGACCUUCACCAUCUUCGAAAACUGCCAGACCGGACUCAUAUCGGCACAAGAGGCACUCAUCUCGUGGAUAUACGUGCGCGAGGCGAGGCGGGCCUUCAAGCCCAUCCAAGUGAUCAAGGGGGAUCGGGUGAAGAAGACUUUGAAGGGCCUGGUCUGGCUAUUCGUUCUCACGGCGUUGCUGGACUUGAGCCUGAUGGGACUCGCCUACUCGGGACGCCAGUUUGCCAUCAUGACGUCCUACAAGGGCGUCGUAUACAGCGUGAAGCUGCAGGUCGAGGGUGUCGUGCUCAACAGCCUAACCAAGCUGAUGCGGAGGCGAUCGUGUACCUGCGGUAGCACCGCGGCGGAAAACUACACUUCGAGUCCAAUCACUGUUGUGGGCGUGGGGUUGGCAGAGCCAGGUACCGCGACUUGCCACAGUCCCGUCAAGAGGAACAGCGCAGAGGGCAAAGCGAGCGGCGAUGAUUUAGGGACUUCAAUGACAAAAGAAUACCCCGAGAGACAUAGCGCGGAGCUGAGGAGGAUAUUCGGGACGCAAAGAUAUCCUUGA